ACAGCUCGAUGUCAUCGCCCCCAGUUCUGAAGCGUAAACAAUCCCGUUGUUUGUGCUGCGGAUUCACACGAUAACUUACCCUUCGUCGCAGGCGCUUCGCUUUCGCUUCGCAUUUGUGCACAAAGGGGGUCGUCCGGUGACUUCUGCAAACGGGGCACAGCUAUGAGAAGAAGCAAUUAGACCCCUCAACGGUUAGCAAACGGUAGUGCAUUUCUCACCUGAAAAGAGUGUACGUGUGUGUGUGUGUGUGUUGCUGAUAAUAGCCGCACGGGUACAUGGGCAACCGCGGAUAAGGCACGGAUAUGCUCACGUCGAAAAUUACAAAAAUUGGCAAAGUGGUACUAUGCGGCGGCAAGGGCGUUGGAAAGACGGCAAUGCUGGAGCAGCUCAUCUACGGCCACGUUACGAUCGAUUCGGAGCUGCACAGCACGAUCGAAGACACGUACGUGGCCAGCGUGGACACUGGGAAGGGCAGUAGGGACAUGCUGCGCAUUUACGACACGGCCGGGCUGCAGGGGAAUGUGCAGCUGCCCCGCCACUAUCUCCUGUUUGCCGACGCGUUCGUGCUGGUGUACGAUCCGAGCGAUCCGGCCAGCCUGGAUCUGCUGGCCGGUAUUAAAAGUGAUAUCGACAAGUACAAGGAUAAGAAGGAGAUGAUAAUUAUUGUGAUAGCCAACAUGCACUCACGGCAUCCGCGGUCGGCGGGCAACGGUGCGCCGACCGGUACCGUACCGCAGUCCCCCAACGGGAACCAGUACCACAGCACCAGCAACGGUAGCCAAAUCAGUAACAACGAUCUAAUUGAGUCCAAUCUCAACCGCGCCAACAAUUGGUGCGCCCGGGAGCGCAUCAAGCACUACACGGUGAACGCGAUGGAGCGGGCGUCGCUGUACGAACCGUUCAUCCAGCUGGCGAUACGCCUCUACCCGACGCAAACCAAAAGCUCCUUCCCCCAGCUUCGACAGCUCACGCAGAAAACGUCCAAGGUGGACAACAGCUAGUUGCAGCGCGCGAUUGCAGCAGCAGCGGAGAAGAGCUUUAUUUAUGUGUUAGUGCAGAUUACUAGUGGACGGCUGUUGCUGCUGCUGCUAAUUAGGGCUGUUGAGCAUAGUGAAACCAAAAAAACAAGCAAAACAUUCACUACUUAAUUGCCGUAUCGAAUAUGCAUACCUGUGUAUGGGUAUGACACCGUGAUGGCAGGAUGAAACGAGGAUCGUACGAUUGUAUUUAGUAAACCUUUAACUACUUAGCGGGAUUGGCAAUAUUCAUUGCAUUCUUUGUAGCAUUCGCAUUUUCUCUGCUGUCUCGUCAGCAGCUCUCAUAGUGAUGUGAUUCGCCUUUUAUAUUGUUUACUUUAAAAUUUAGAGUAAUAUUUUAUUUAUUCACUAUUUUCCUUCCUCAAUGCUUUUAUUUCUCCGCUCUUUGUGUUGAGAAUAGUGGCCGAAUGAAUGAGUUUUGGGUUUAUUUUGAUUUUUUUUUAAAUUACAAAUGAGCUGAAAUGUGAAGGCACUUAGUGUGAUUAAAUUCGCUUUUGCUUAAAAUGUUUUUUUUUUUAUCAAGUUAGACUUUUUUUAGCUUACAGAAAUAACAGGAAAUGAAGAAAUUGGUUAUUAAAAGUAUGUUAUUUGAGUGGAAGGUAUUUUACAGGGUUUCCCACGAUUCAUUGGUUGGUUUCCAUCAAUUUUUGGUGGGUUCCCAUGUUUUUUUGGUGCGUUACCACGAUUUUUUUGGUCGUUUCCCAGAAUCUGUUGGUCCAAUUGUAUUGAUAUCCAAUCGGAAAAUACCAAUAAAUUAUGGGAACGAACCAAAAAUCUAUGGGAUACGAUAAAAAAAUCUUGGGAACGCACCAAAAAAUCAUGGCAACUGAUCAAUGAAUCGCGGGAAACCCUGUAAACCUUUGGUGGGAUUUAUCUACGUCCUCCAUUGAUCCAUUUAUAUUUCAGCUUGUGUAGUAAAGAAAUAUUAACUUAAUUAAAUUCAUUCGACCACUAAUCCCGCAGCUUAAGAGCGGACGUAGCAGCGCAUGCUGCCAAAACUGCAAUUAUAUUUUACGUUUCUUUACAACAACAAAAAAGUAUCUGUGAGACACACUUUUCGUACUUAAGCCGGAAAAAAAACAAGUAAGAAUGCAAUCUGUAGCUGUAUAAGAAAACAAAACAAACUGAAUCGGGUACAUUAAAGUGUAAUAAAACCACAACUUUCAAUUAUAAUGCCAA